AUGCCAGUAACGGAAUACCAGAGAUCAUUCGGGAGAUCGUUACUGAAUCUACGCCGUGACUCGGUUGACUCAGCGACGGUUUCCGGCGGCGAGUUGACUCAGAUGGAGUCGGAUUUGGAUUUGUUUCAGAGAAAAGUCGCAGAGAGGUUUAUCGAUCUCAACGCUUCAAGUUCCGAAGAUCUACUUUCUCUCGAAUGGGUCGUGAAGCUUCUCGAUUCGUUUCUACUUUGUCAAGAAGAGUUUCGAACCAUCGUCUUCAAUCAUCGGAAUCUCAUCAAUAAACCACCGAUGGAUCGAUUAAUCGCAGAUUACUUCGAGAGAAGUGUGAAAGCCCUCGAUGUCUGUAACGCGAUUCGUGAUGGUGUUGAACAGAUCCGUCAAUGGCAGAAACUAAUCGAGAUCGUGAUCUGUGCUUUUAACGGUUCCGGUGGUCGGAGACCUCUCGGAGAAGGUCAGUUCCGUCGUGCAAAGAAGACGUUGAUUGAGUUAGCGAUUGGUAUGCUUGAUGAUAAAGAAUCAUCUUCAAGCUCUGUUUCGCAUCGUAACCGUUCUUUUGGUCGGAACAACAAGGAUCAUCAUCAUCAGAGAUCAAUGGGGCAUUUCAGGUCGCUUUCAUGGAGUGUUUCGAGAUCUUGGUCUGCUUCAAAGCAAUUACAAGCUAUAGGGAACAAUUUAUCUACACCUAGAGCUAGUGAUGUUACUACAAGUCAUGGUCUUGUUGUUCCUGUUUACACAAUGACUUCGGUUUUGUUGUUUGUAAUGUGGGCACUUGUUGCAGCGAUUCCUUGUCAAGACAGAGGAUUGCAAGUGCAUUUCAAUGUUCCUAGGAAUUUCCAAUGGGGUGGUUCUUUGAUGUCUUUGCACGAUAGGAUCAUUGAGGAAUCUAAGAAGAGAGAUAGGAAGAACAGUUGUGGUUUGUUGAAAGAGAUUAAUCAGAUUGAGAAGAGUUCGAGACUGAUGAGUGAAUUGGCUGAUUCUGUUCAGUUUCCUUUGUCUGAAGAGAAAGAGAUUGAAGUUAAAGAGAGGGUUGAGGAAUUGGCUAAGCUUCAAGAUGCUUUGAAGAAUGGUUUGGAUCCAUUUGAGAGGAAAGUGAGAGAAGUUUUUCAUCGGAUUGUUCGAAGUAGAACAGAAGGUCUUGAUUCUGUUGGAAACAUAUGA